GAUUUGCUUUUUCUGUCAGACUUUCACACAGAAAUCGGGGACAAAUUUCUUCAAAAUAAAAUACAGAACAAUUAUAACAUCGAGUUGGGAUUUCCACUUAUAUAUUAUAAUACAAAGUUAUCUUCCUCGUUUCACGAUAAAAUGUUUCGUUUAAAAUUCAUUCGGUGCGAUGCACUUGGCACUCUGAUCGGCGCUGCUGCGACGAGGAGCUGUAAGAGAGCGGCGGGUCCUUGCCUGGAGUUGGAUCGGGCUCGCGCUUCCGCCGUCCGCUGGAUCUGGAUCCGGUUGGUCAGUCAAUAUCAAUUCAGGACAACUAAACAGGCCUACUAUCCAGACCGCCAACGGGAAACGAAGCGACCGUCAGCGGGAUCCACCCCCCAACCGGUCUCAUCUCCUGCCAUAAAGUCCACACAAAGCCGCGGGAUGCCCAAAGACUACUACUACAAGGUGCUGGGCGUCAACAGGCACGCAUCUAUCCAACAGAUCCGUUCGGCUUUCUAUGCACUUGCGAAGCGCUAUCAUCCAGACUCUACGCACUCGGAGCAAAAACUGAAGCACUUCCAGGAGCUGUCCAACGCCUACAACAUCCUCACCGACGAGACAAAACGUUUGGAGUACGACCAGCUUGGCGGGAUCAAGGACGAGCAAGCCUUUCUUGAACAGGCGGGUAAUCCCAUGAACGUUGACCUCGAGGAGGCCAAGAGGUUCGAUUCGGAUAAGACGGCAAAUGAUGAGAUCAAAAAACUGAAAAACAACGAGUUUGAUCUGCCGCUGGAUUUUCUGGAGGCGACAGUGGGUUGCAAAAAGCGAGUGGAUUUGCGCUACCUGCGGAAAUGCGAGACCUGCAAGGGCAAAUCGCAGCUGAUGGCGCACCGGGAUGUUGGCAAGGAGCCGUGCAGGCGAUGCAAUGGUACUGGAAAGGUUACCAACAAAACGGCCACCUUUACCUCGGUUAACACAUGCACGCAGUGCAAGGGCAAGCGGUUCACGAACCGCAACGACUGCGAAACCUGCGCUAACCGGGGAUAUGUGGUGUCCAGCGUGGAGGUAAUGGUGGUAGUGCCAUCGGGAUCCCGGGAUGGGGAUGUGGUCAACCUAGUGAAUCCGGAAACCAAGCAAACGGUGGCAUACCGACUAACAGUGCCUAGCAGCGAGUAUUUUCACCGCAUGGGCAACGAUAUACUGACGGACAAGCACCUAAACAUCUCGGACGCUAUCCUGGGCGGCACGUUCAUGGUACGUGGUCUCUACGAGAGCGUGGAGCUGCGAGUGGAGCCGGGCACCCAAUCGCAUACCCAGGUGGUUCUUAAAGGCAAGGGCGUGCGCUCCAAGGAGGGGGUGGGCCAUCACAUCGUCACGCUGAAGGUGCGCAUCCCCCGGAAUCUCUCCGUGAAGCAGCGCCAACUGGUUUUGGCCCUGUCCCAGGCAGAGGAUCCGGUGUUCGAGCCUAAGCCCAAAAGCAAGGAGGCCGCCAGCUUGAGUCCUUAAAAUUCUCAAUGAACAGGCCUGAUUGCAUUUAUUUAUUAUCACACACGAA